CUCAUGGCCAGCUCCCAGGCAGAGAUGGAAGAGUGGGUUAAGUUCCUUCGGAGAGUUGCUGGCACACCAUCCGGAGUAGGAGCUGGGCCUUCUGCAAUGCUUGGCUGAGUCUGCCACGGUGAACUGCUUCACUCUGUCCUGCUACACGGGGCAUUUCUCCCUUGCCCUACCCCAACCCACCACCCGGAGAAGCAAAUCAAGCUUGUUUUGUAGAGAAUAGCUCGGGCUGGAGGUAGCAGAUCAGAGUGAAUGCCGAAGACUAAAUGUGAAGCUCAAGCUGUCACCCAGGGAAGAGGGCACAGAUGGUGGCUUGAACACAGGUGGUGGCAGUGGAGGUGAAGAGAAAUGAACAGGUUUGCACAGCCAUGCGGAGGUAACAUUGCCAGGACGUGGGAGUGAAUUCCACACGGGGGCGGGGAGGGGGGGUGGUGUCUAAGAUGUGGCCUCCAGUCUGCUCCUUCCCCCUGCAGAGAGAUGGACACUGGUUGGCAGGGAGACACAGCCCCAGGUUGCUUCCUGGUAAUCUUGCUCCUACCUGUCCCUCUGCAGGGCCGAGAGUGCGGUCCAAGUCUCCUGGGAAGCCGGGCUCUGGCUGCGGCACUGUUGGCUCAGUCUUCCAGGAGGAGGGGGCCCUCUGUCUACCCACCCCCAACUCCAUUAUCUCUGAAGGCCUGGCCCAGCCGCGGCAACUCUGAAAGCAUUUCCCGGGAAAGGUGGGCUGGCUUCAUAAGCACUAAGUGAAAUUCUGUGUUCCUGCCAGACACGUUGAUAUACGGGGCCGUGCUGCUGAGGGCUUGCGUGCACAAUCCCCGUAUUUAUUUAUUUCUUUAAACCCACUUCCAAGUUAUCCCCUGAAUGGCAGUUGACAAUUAGCUGCUAAGUAAAAGGAGGCACUUAUUUUUAUUGUGGCCUUGACAGCUUUAUGUUCACUCUUUAAAAGCCGAGAGUCCUGUGUGUAAAGGUGAGGGGGGCGGCGGCGUGGGAGGCAGGGAGGGCCGGGCAGGUGCCGACAGAUCCCAGGGUUCAGUCCGGGAGUCAGAGCCUGGCCGGUGUGUGUGUGCAAGCAUGUGCUGAUCGGAAGCCAGAGAGGACGGUUCUCCCAGCCGGGGGAGGAGAGGAGGCCCCAGGCCGCCCUUGAGGGCGCGGAGUCCUCCGGACGCUGCCAUGCCUCGGAUCCCCAGGAUGCCGCGCUGGGACCUGGGCUGUGGCUUCCCUGCCCUGGCGCUGCUCUUCUGCUGGGAUUUCAGGAAGAAGAGCCCCAUGCUCCGGAAGAAAGCGGUGUUUGGCCAGCGCUUGGAUGAGACUGUAGCCUAUGAACAGAAGUUCGGCCCCCACUUGGUACCCAUCCUGGUGGAGAAGUGUGCGGAGUUCAUCCUGGAGUACGGCAUGAAUGAAGAGGGCAUCUUCCGCCUGCCCGGGCAGGACAACCUGGUGAAGCAGCUGAGAGAUGCUUUUGAUGCCGGGGAACGGCCCUCCUUUGACAGAGACACAGAUGUGCACACCGUGGCUUCUCUGUUAAAGCUCUAUCUCCGAGACCUCCCAGAGCCUGUGGUUCCCUGGAGCCAGUAUGAAGGGUUCCUGCUUUGUGGGCAGCUCAUGAAUGCAGAUGAGGCAAAGGCUCAGCAGGAGUUGAUAAAGCAGCUCUCCAUCCUUCCUCGGAACAACUACAGCCUCCUGAGCUACAUCUGCCGGUUUCUACACGAAAUCCAGCUGAACUGUGCUGUUAACAAGAUGAGUGUGGACAACCUGGCUACUGUAAUUGGUGUGAAUCUCAUCAGGUCAAAGAUCGAGGACCCUGCUGUGAUCAUGAGAGGGACUCCUCAGAUCCAAAGAGUGAUGACCAUGAUGAUCAGAGAUCAUGAAGUCCUCUUCCCCAAGUCCAAGGACACACCCCUAUCGCCCCCUGCCCAGAAAAAUGACCCCAAGAAACUCCCGGUGCCCCGAAGCUCUGUGGGCUGGGAUGCCACUGAAGACCCCUCCAUUUCUAGGACAGACAACUUCAGUAACACGACAAGUGACUCCGAUGCCACCAGCCCCACAGGAUCACAGCCAAGUGACAGGCAUCAGGACGAGGGCAGCAAGACCCCCAGUGAAAAGCCAGGAGACUGGAGGGUGCAGUCUCGGAAAAGGACUCAAACGCUCCCUAACCGGAAAUGUUUCUUGACGUCAGCUUUUCCAAGUGCCAAUAGCAACAAAGUGGAGAUCUUUAAAAAUGAAUUUUGGUCACCUUCAUCAGAGGCUAAGGCAGGGGAAGGACACAGGAGAACCAUGUCUCAAGACUUGCGUCAUCUUUCCGACUCCCAGCGGACUUCAACCUAUGAUAACGUCCCUGUGCAGCCGGGGUCCCGUGGGGAUGAAGUGGGUAUGCUCUCUUCCCCUACCUCUGACUCCAAGAGAGAUGCUCUGGCUAGCACGGACUCUGAAAUGAGGCCUGAAGGAAAAAAUGCUGCAGAAGAGGAACUUGAUUCUUUGCAGAAGAUGGUUCAGGACCUACGGGAGCAAAUAGAAACACAGAAGAAAACAUAUGAGGAACAGAUUAAAAAUCUUGAGAAGGAAAAUUAUGAUGUCUGGGCUAAAGUGGUAAGACUCAAUGAAGAGUUGGAGAAGGAAAAGAAGAAGUUCGCAGCUCUGGAAAUUAGCCUUCGAAAUGUGGAACGCUCCUGGGAGGAUGUGGAGAGGAGGAACAAGGUUUUGGAAGAAGAAGUCAAGGAAUUUGUCAAAUCAAUGAAGGAGCCUAAGAGUGAUCCUUGAGGAUCCUAGAAGUACCACAAGGACAGCCCAAGAAAAGCUUGACUUUCCUCCUUUUCUCAGUGGUGCGUACAACUGGAAAAGUAAUUUAACUCCCUAAGAGGGAAAGGAUAUUUUAGGGGAAAUGUCACAUUGCACAAUAAGUAAAUCAAUGGAGUUUGCAGGCAGAUGAGGAUGAGGAGGGACACAUGUGGACACCCAUGACCACUUGUCACUGAACUCAAAGGUGUUGUAUUAUUCUUCUGUGGCCUCGGGAAGAGCAGAAUCAAACCUUCUGUGGUUAAUAACUACUUCCAACAAAACGCAUGAGACAGGUCCUAUCUCAGGACUCAGGCAGAAAGCUGGCCCCAAGCUGAAGCUGGGUUGAUACGUUAGUUUUUUAUUUCAGCAUGAGAUAAUUCAUUCAGUCAGAUGACUUCAAGAUACCUUCAGGGCAUGGGAAGAACAUAGUAUUCAGCUCUCCAAAGCUCAUCCAGGAGGACUGUGAUUGGGAAGCUGCUCCUGCUGGCGUGGGAGCCCUAUUCUGCCAUCCCUGACCCAAUAUACAUUCUCUGGGGUUCUCAGACUUAAUAUUAGAGUAAGGUAAAGCAAGCAAUAAACUGUAUUUAUAAAGAUAAAAUUGUAUUCAAAUAAAGUAAUUUUGAAAACAAAAA